GAAGGGCAGGACUCCCGGUCCUUUCUCCGCCAGCCAGCAAGGUUCGCUGGCGCGCCCUUCCAGCCAGGUGCAAGCCGCUGUGACAGCAGAGCUCUCCUUGGCUCCACCCCCUUUCUCCCCCAAACACCGAGCAGAAGUUUCCCAGCUCCCGCAAGCCAGGAGUCAUCUCGAGACAGCACAACGCACACGCAGGACGCCUGGUGCCCAGCACACCCGCACGCCCGCACGCCCGGCCCGCAGGUGCCUCCCCGCGGCAUGGGCUCGCCGCGCCUCACCUCCGCCCCGCGCGCCGCGCUGCUGCUCAGCCUGGUCCUCGCCUCCUGCCCGCCGGGCCGCGCAGAAGCCAGCAGCAGCAGAAAUUCAACCUUGACAGCACCCCACGCAGACCAGGGGACCCUAGAGCACUGCCCCAACACCGACUUCUGCCCCCAAGCAGCCCGGUGUUGCCGCUCCGGUGUGGACGAGUACGGCUGGAUCGCGGCCGCUGUGGGCUGGGGCCUCUGGUUUCUCACCCUCAUCCUGCUCUGUGUGGACAAACUGAUGAAGCUGACCCCGGAGGAGCCCAAGGACCUGCGAGCAUGAGACUUGAGAGUUGCGGCCCCAAGGACCAUCGUGGCCAUCACCAGGAGUGUGCAGAUAGUGGCGGGAGGAGAGGAAUGCAUCUGGAAGUGUAGCUGCUUUUGUUUAAAAGUUGUUUUCACCUUAAA